AUGGCGAAAAAUGAGUCGACUCCUAUUGAUGUUGUGGAGACUAGCAAAGAAAGGAAAGGAAAAGCACCCCUUUCGGGAGUGGAGCAUGCAAGAGGAGGAUAUAAGAGAGGCAUUGGCAUAUUCGACUUGAUCCUUCGAAUAAGUGCCUUUGCAUCAGCUUUAGCUGCAACGGUUGCAAUGGGAACGACCGAACAAACCCUUCCCUUCUUCACACAAUUCUUCCAGUUCCAAGCAAGCUACGAUGAUCUCCCAACUUUCUCGUUCUUUGUGAUCGCCAUGGCAAUCGUCACAAGCUACCUUAUUCUCUCGAUUCCCUUCUCCAUCGUGUGCAUUGCACGUCCUCUUGCAAUAGGCGCAAGGCUCCUACUAAUUAUCUUUGAUACUGUGAUUGUUACUUUGACUACUUCUGCAGCAAGUUCAUCCGUAGCCAUUGUAUAUUUGGCUCACAAUGGGAAUUCAAGUGCGAACUGGCUUGCAAUAUGUCAACAAUACGGUGAUUUCUGCCAGAAGAUUAGCGGUGCAGUGUUGGCAUCCUUCAUUACAGUGGUUCUCCUCGUCUUUAUGGUGCAACUGAGCCAGAAGAGGCGAGAAACAAAUAUCGCAGUGAAGACAACGGCUGCAUCAGUUUUUUUCAAGUUUAUUAAUUGGAAUUCUUUUGUUUUGCCCAAUUUAAAAAAAAAAAAAAAUCGGAAUGCUCUGGACACCACGGAGCACGGAGCAUUUGCUGCUGAGACACCCCGUGCCUCCGUUGUCUUCGUAGGGAAUGGAGACACCGACGGAGACACUCCAUUUCUUCCUUCCUUGUGGAGACAUGGCUGGUGUCUCCUCAAGACAUUAUCCAACAUCUUCCCUUUCUUUGUUUUUGAGCCUUACAAGGACAAUAGAAUGGAUCUCCUAGCACCUAAAUUAGUAUCUGUUGCUCUUAAUUUGGUUGGUUUAGGACUGUGCAUCUGGAAGCUUAAUACUUUGGGUCUUCUUCCAACUCUCGUAUCGGAUUGGGUUUCAUCAUUGCCUCCUGCUCAGGUUUGA